UAAGUACUUGAUUUAUCCCAACCAUAAAUGAAUAAUAAUUUCAAGUGGGGAAGAAAAGAGGGCCUCUCAUGCAGGAAACAAACAACAAUAAUAUGUAGGAGGUAUUAUAGAAAAGAUGAAAUGAAAAACAAAGCUGCUUCUUUAAAUACUCCCCUUCAAAAUUAAUCCCAGUUCUAAACCAGCCCCAGAAAAAAUCAGACAAUAUUUUAAGGAAUUAGAAGCUCAAAAUCCAUGUCUUCCAAAGCUGGCCGGAAAAAAGCAUCAUCAUCAUCAUCAUCUUCAUCAGUUCAUGAACAACUGCAACAGCUUCGAUCUCUCACCAACUCCGCUGCAGUGAACAAGACCUCAAUUAUUGUAGAUGCUUCGAGAUAUAUAGAGGAGUUGAAAGAUAAAGUUGAUAAAAUGAACCAAGAAACUGCAACUUCUUCACAAGCUUCAACUUCAUCACAGAAUCCUCUUCCUAUGGUUACAGUGGAAACCCUAGAGAAGGGUUUCCUUAUAAAUGUGUUUUUACAGAAGAAUUGCCCUGGUUUGCUUGUUUCCAUAUUGGAAACCUUUGAAGAGCUUGGCCUUGACGUGCUUGAAGCUAGGGUUUCUUGUGAAGAAAGUUUCAAACUAGAAGCCAUUGGAGGAGAAAAUGAAGGUAAUGUUGAAUGCAUUGAUGCUCAAAUGGUGAAGCAAGCAGUGAUGCAAGCUAUAAGGAAAUGGGGUGAAAACAGCCACCAGGAGUAGGACUACUUUCUCGGUUUUAACGGCGGUUCACGACGGCGUUUUAUUUAAAAACGCCAUUUUGAUGACAAAGUGCAGUGUUUUCCGAUAUGAUUAUGAUAUCUUCGUCGAUUCCUUCGGGUCAGUUGCAAAAUUUACAAUGUAACAUCUUUUAUCUUUUACCAAUAGAAGUUUCGACUUUCUGAAAUCUUCAUUUUAUAGCAAUAUAUAUAAUUAAUAAUAUUAAAAA